ACCUUUCCUCUCUUGUGAACCUCCAUAAAUACUCUUAUCUCCAUACCCUACUCUCUCUCUUUCUCUUCAUCUUCUUCCUUGCAGCACCACUAGUUUCAAUUCUUGAUAACAUAUCUCAAGAGGGUCUUUCUUGUUUUUGGUUUAUGUGAUCAUGGGAAUUCAGAAGCCUGCAUGGUUGGAAGCUCUCUACUCACAGAAGUUCUUCGUGGGUUGCUCUUAUCAUGAAACUGCAAAAAAGAACGAAAAAAACGUCUGCUGUUUAGAUUGUUGCAUUAGUAUUUGCCCUCACUGUGUUCCAUCUCAUCGCUUCCAUCGGCUUCUUCAAGUUCGCCGAUAUGUCUAUCAUGAUGUUGUGAGAUUGGAAGACCUCCAGAAGCUCAUAGAUUGCUCAAAUGUCCAGGCCUAUACUAUAAACAGUGCCAAAGUGGUGUUCAUCAAGAAGAGACCUCAGAACAGGCAAUUCAAAGGCUCUGGAAACUACUGCACUUCCUGUGAUAGAAGUCUCCAAGAACCCUUUAUUCAUUGCUCUCUUGGUUGCAAGGUGGAUUUUGUGCUGAAACACUACAAGGAUCUUUCUCCAUGCCUAAGAAAAUGCAACUCUUUAACACUUGGUCCUGACUUCUUGAUCCCUCAAGACAUGGGAGACGAUGAAACAACGAAUGAGACACCUCACUCGACGAUCGUGGACUCCGACGAGCCAAUGAGUUGGUCGUCCGGCUCGUCAGGGUCGGAGAAUAUGAGCAUGGUAUGCACUCAAGAGAUUGUACGGAAGAAGAGAAGUGGAUUAUACGUAUGUGGAAGAUCAGUUAACAAGGUUUCUGAUGAAGACAUGGCUACGAGCAUGAGUAGAAGAAAAGGCAUCCCUCAUCGAUCUCCUUUGUGUUAAUUAAUUAAUAAUUAGCAAAACUAUUAACAAAAACGAGAGAAAUUUUAAUUGUUAUUACAAAUUUUAGUUUAAUUUUGAUAAGUAUUUUGACUGAAUCCAACCUUCAAAUGUUCUAUCUAUUUUCUCUAUUUCUUUUCGAUUUAAGUUAAUUAAUCACUUGGUCGGGGGGUUUUGUCUUAAUGGUAUCACGUGAUUCCCAAUUCCAAGUAAUGGUUCUGUACAUUUUUCUAAGGAUUUUUCCAUUUAUUUAUAUAAUAAUAUUAAUUAUUACAAACA